AUGUCUAGUCCGCCAUUCACGGUCAGAGCGGUCUUCGAGUAUACUUCGGACCACAAUGACGACCUUAACUUCGCUAUUGGGCAAAUCAUAACCGUCACAGCAGUCGAAGAUGCCGAGUGGUACUUUGGUGAAUAUGCGGACGACUCCGGGCGCAAAGUUGAGGGGAUUUUCCCAAAGAAUUUCGUCGAACGAUAUGAGCCCCCUGCACCCCCGCGACCGACUCGUCCAAGCAGGCCCAGGAAGGAAGCAGAGCCUGUCCCGCCACCUCCCGAGCCCGCUGUUGCAGCCGCAAUCCCUGCUGCAGAGAGCUCCCACCACACCGAGCUGGAGCCUGUGCCCGUGCCCGAGCCCGAGCCUGAGGUUGAGAAGACACCUGCAGCCGUACCUCAGCCGCCUAGCUCCCCUCCGUCAGCGCUGGCAUCCCCAGUGAAUGAACUCCCCUCUCCUAAGCCGGUACCAGCUCCAGUCGCCCAACUUCCGACGAGAGAAGUCAAUGAGCCCGCACCAAAGCCUGUAUCCAAGCCGCCACCUCCCGCUGUUACCGAAAAGCCUACUGGGUCGUCCUUCAAAGAUCGUAUCGCGGCGUUCAAUAAGCAUGCUGCACCACCAGUUGCGCCCUUUAAGCCAGGCGGACUCUCUCAAGGCUCCAGCACCUUCAUCAAGAAACCUUUUGUUGCACCGCCACCCAGCAAGAACGCCUAUGUGCCUCCGCCCAGAGAGCCUCCCCCACAGAAGAUAUAUCGCAGAGAAGAGAAUCCUGAUGUUCAGGAGCGGGUCACACGGGAGCUUCCUGUGUCUGAGGCGCGUCCCUUGUCAAGUGAGGGUCCGGAACAGGGUGCGGAAAAUGAGCCCAAGCCAACAAGUCUGAAGGAGCGAAUUGCUCUUCUCCAGAAGCAACAAAUGGAGCAGGCUGCUCGUCAUGCUGAGGCUGCGCAGAAGAAGGAAAAGGCUAAGCGGCCUCCCCCCAAGAAGCGUCUCGAUUCCCACGAAGAGACUAUCCCUACGCAAGAUAUACCAGCUGAGGGAGGAGAAGCAGGUGAUUUUGCGCGGGAACAUGCUAGCGAUGCGGCGGCACCGGCUGUGCCGCACCCUGCAAUGCCACCUCCACCCGCGCGGGAGCUCGCCAGCGACACCAAUGAUGCGGAUGAUUCUGCGGCUGCUGACACGGAAGAUAUGGAAGAGACAUCUACAAGCAAGGAGGACUCCGACGAGCGGAUCCGUGCAGAGGCUCGACAACAUACUGAAAAUUUACCGUCGGAUGAGGAUAACGAAGCAAUUGAGGAUCAAGCGCAGGUGGAAGAGGAAGAAGAAGAAGAAGAUGAUGAAGAAGAAGAAGAAGAAGAAGAAGAGAUCGACCCGGAGAUCAAGCGAAAGAUGGAACUACGGGAGAGAAUGGCCAAGAUGAGUGGUGGUAUGGGUAUGAUGGGUUUCUUCGGACCCCCUGGUGGCAUGCCCAUCCCGGCUGCGGCUCGCAAACCUAAAGCGCCUGUAGAAGCUGAAAGAGCCGUGGAUGACGAAAGCUCCCGUCCCGCCGCAGCGCCUCCAGUUCCCAUCAUGGCCCUGCCCGGAAUGAAUUCAGGAAAGCCUCCAGUCUAUCCGAACGUUGAGAAAGAGGAGGAAGAUGAUGAAGGAGAGGGAGACGCACAGAAGGAAGAACACCAAGAGUCUCUUGCAAGUCCGAUUACCCAGCAGUAUGCUGCACACGAGGUUCCCGAUGUCGAGGAGGUUGUCCAUCAAGAACCACCGCAACGUCGCAUGUCUGUCGAUAGACCAUUCACGCCGCAAGAACGUGCAGUACCUCCUCCUCCUCUCGACACACGCCCAGUACCACCUCCGGUUUCGCAUGAACAUCCUCUGUCACCCCCACCAAUUCCCGGAUCUCAAUCUCUGCCACCACCUAAGGGCACCGCACCUGGUGAUGCAGGAGAGGAAUCUGAUGAUGAAUUAUCUAUUCAUCCGAACGCCACCCCAACCAUUGCGGCAGCAGAACGAUCGGCACCUCCGCUCCCUGGCCAUCUCGACUCUCGCCGAGCGUCGACUUACGAUACAACAUCCCCUAAGUCACCCACGCUCCCCGCAGAUAAGAGAAUGAGUCGCCCUCCCCCACCGGUGCCAACCAAUCCCCCAGUGCCAUCUCAAAGCAGACCAAUUCCUCCCCCUCCGCCAGUCAUUAUCCGGCGGAGGUCCACGACCGACAGUCGAACAAGCAUGAGCUCGCAGCCACGUCAAGCGGGAGAGGGGGUCGAAGGUGAAACUACUGAAUAUGAUGGCGACUACGACACGGACAUUGCAUCUGGUGCUAAAUUCAAGGAUGCUUUGAAGUCUCAUGGCCGUGAUUCUAGUCUUGACGAAGGUGUCAUGACUGACGAACACUCCCUUCAGUCCCCUCGAAGCCCGCCCCAAACUCGUCUCCCGCCUCCGCCUCCUGUCUCUGCUCCACGAGCAGUGCCCCCUCCGCCCCCAAUUCAACCACCAAGAAGUGCCGGUAGAGACUCUAUCCAAUCGCCACGAGGACCACCACCUCCUCCACCGCAACGAGAGCCAUCAUAUGGCGGUGAUGAUGAUGAUGAUGAUGAAUAUGAUCCUUACCGUUACUCUGCCCCGCAGCAUGGUAUGCCUGUUUCAAGAGCACCGCCACCAAUCCCCAGUGGCCCUAUCGAAGCUCCACCUCUGCCCCCUCAGCCUGUCGAAGAGGAGUCUGAUGACAUGUACGAAGCCUCACCGGUUCAAAGCUAUGGCGAAACGUCCAGUCUGUCGCCUCGCGAAAAACGUACCUCAAUGGCUCCCCCGCCUCCUAGCCUACCUCCGCCGACACCUCGGAGCAACCGUGCAUCGCUGGACAUUCCAAGAGCCCAGCCCAGUGUCCGCAGAUCGAUGGAUGUCUCUCGUCCAUCGAUUGACUUAGGCUUCAUUGCUACGGACGUUGAUUUGGCAGAAAACACUCUUUGGUGGACACAACCCAACACCCCUCCACCUGCUUUCCAAAAUCGAAGGGAUGUUCUGCUCGAGUUUGAAGAGUCGAAUUCCUCCAAACGCGGGGGCAAAACUACUGUGACCAAAGAUGUUUACAUUCUAUUUAUCGACUACUCGCAGACCGUGGUUACUGUCAAUUUUGAUCCUCGUAAUCCGAGUGACGCGGUGCUAGAGCAGCGUCACGAAGCGCCCCCUCAUCAACCUCGUCAGGAUCAGCUCGAGACUGCGCACAACCAGAUCGGCACGCGUAUUGCCAAUGCUGUCAAUAAUAUCCAAAAUACUACUGUCGCAGAUGGCACGCCACACGGUUUGGUGCAGCAUCUGCUCAGCCCCCUAUCUGACGUCCUGCUUCCUGUUGGCACGCGCGCAUACGGUGCUCUGGUCUACUCCAAUUUGGCCAAUGCUUCAGUGCAGCAAAAUGACGAGAUCCGCGCAGGCGAUAUUGUGACUUUCCGCAACGCACGUUUCCAGGGCCACCGUGGCACGAUGCACCAGAAGUACAGCUCCGAGGUCGGCAAGCCUGAUCAUGUCGGCAUUGUCUUCGACUGGGAUGGCACCAAGAAGAAAAUUCGUGCUUGGGAACAGGGCAGAGAAAGCAAAAAGGUCAAGAUGGAGAGCUUCAAGCUGAAUGACUUGCGUAGUGGAGAAUGCAAGGUGUGGCGUGUGAUGCCUCGGAGUUACGUUAGCUGGGAUAAAUAG